AUGGAAUUCAACCAGUACGCAGCCGCAACCAGCCUACUCUAUCUCGGUACUGGCAAGUCUUCGCAACCACCAACAGUAAUGGCCUCAUCAGACAAGCUUCAGCGCAAGCCUUCCAGACUCAGGAUGGGCAGGAAGUCUCGGCCGGACCGUCUUACACCUUCUGCUAACACUCGGCCUUCGACUCCUACAUUAUCCGAAUCUCCUAGCUCUCAAGGCGAGCGGCGUCAGAAUGGCUUGCGAAGAUUCUUCGGCAAAUCUCGCGAGCCAGAGGCACAGAACCGAGUGCUCACACCACCCUCAUCAUCUCCGGCACCAGCAGCGGCUCCAAUCAUCAUCUCGAGGUUUGCCAAAGCAUUCGUAGACGCCCUGAACGUCACGCAGCUCUCCAACUUCCUCAUCUGGAUACUAUACUACGAGGUCGUUGAGCUGCCGGAAACCCCAGAGGCUUGGUAUGCACCAAUCGACAAUAUGGACAUGCGUGGGUGGGUUGCUUUAGGAGAUUUCCUGGCGAAGUCACAAGAGGCGGGUGAUGGAUAUGGCUUUGAUCUGAUUGUGUUGGAUUCCAUCUGUGAUCGGAUUCGAUUAGUGCGUCCGACAGUCCACACUUUGUUGAUCCGCUUCGCCGAUCCAGAGAAGAUGGAGCACAGCAUUCUGGCCACAACAGGAAGCAUAUCACCCAAGCAUGAUGCUACAUCGAUGGAAGCCUUCGAGGCCGCACAGUCGAAGUUGGAAGACUUGCACAACCUGGCAAAACACCUGAAGCCACAACAGGGGUCACAGUACGCAUCAUGGCAGUGGAUCGUUCAAGAACGUCUGCAUGCAUUUCUGAACAUGGUAGUUGGCCCACGCAUCGCCCAUCUGCGUACGGGCAAACCGCUUACUACUGUUGCAACCUCGGAGCAGCUUCCGAAAGAGGUUACAGAAGGUAUCAAAAUGAACUUUCUCUACGAAGCCAUGCAACAGGAGCGCACUGUACCAUUGGAGCGCUAUGGUAUUCGUCAAGGUCGCAGCAAACAUGGACACCAGACUCUACAGUUGUCUUCGUCUCCUGUAAACGAUAUCGAGGUCGAGCGAUCACGAAAUCAUGCUAUCGCGCUCAUGGCCGAGAAUCGUGAACUGCGUUCUGAUAUAGCGGUUUUGCUGCAGGACAAGGAGAGACUGAUCAAAGCAAACGAGAAGCUGGCACAGAAGGCUUCUAAACUCGGUCGCCUACAACCUCUAGGCUAUAUUCGCUCGCCUCCCUACGAUGACUGGCCCGAAAACACAUCAGGCGCGGACAGCGCACAACUAAUGGCUCCUCAAGCUCCACUGCGUCCUACCCGCCCCCGUUCCGUGUCCACCGGCGACAUCGAAGCCCUGGCCACAGCCCUCGAACAGGGACUCACCAUCACCACGCACCACCGCCAGAGCUCAGAGAUCCUAGCUCAAAAAUACGACGACGUGUUCUCCAGCUUACACUCUUCUCCGUUGCCCACUCUCCGGCUCUCUGCACUCCCACCGCCAUUGACGCCUUCACCUUCAUCAGUGAACGGCAGUGCGACUCGGCCGAUGACUCUGGGUGAUGCGCCGAGAAGUGGAAGGCGUAGUGGUAUGAUCUUCGAUGGAAAUGACGUGGGUCAUUUGGCUGGGGGAGCAACGCCGACGGCGGAGGACAGUGAUGACGAUGGAGAUGAGGAUGGAGGCAGGAGUGGUGGGUAUGUACCUGUUACGCCGACGCCGCAGGGGAGGAAGAGGUUUGAUCUAUUGGAGUAG